AUGGCGAGAGAAAAGAAAAGAGGACCGAAGCUGCCUGUCCAGCAGCUGGUCAUCUUGGCUAUGGUCCGAUUUGCCGAACCUCUUGCCCUGACAUCUGUCUUUCCCUACUUGCCCGAGAUGAUCAAAAGUUUCGGCGUCCCCAAAGAAGAGGUUGCCAAGUGGGCCGGUAUGACCGGCGCUGUCUUCUCGGUAGCCCAGAGCCUAACCGCCGUUCCCUGGGGCUGGGCGUCCGACAGAAUAGGACGGAAGACGACAAUCAUCAUUGGACUGAUAUCUACCAUGACUUGCUUUAUCUUCUGGGGGGCAUCCACGAGCUUACACAUGGCUAUCGCUGUCCGCGGCAUCCAAGGCGCUAGCAACGGCAAUGUCGGGACAAUUCGUACCAUGGUGGCUGAGAUGGUGCCGCAGAAAGCGCUGCAACCCCGAGCCUUCUCCAUUAUGCCCAUGGUUUGGAGUAUUGGCUCUGUUUUCGGCCCAUCGUUUGGUGGUUUCUUUGCUCGCCCGGCGGAGCAGUUCCCUGGGCUGUUUGGUCAAGUUGAGUUUUUCAAGAAGUACCCGUUCCUGCUGCCGAACCUGAUCGCCUGCGUCUUCUUUAUCUUCUCGACCGUGAACGCCUUCCUCUUCCUGGAAGAGACCCUUGAGUCGAGAAAGCACAAGACAGACUGGGGUAUUGAACUGGGCGAGCGCAUCACCCGUAUCUUCCGCGGCGGCCGGCCGUCCAAGAGAAGUGCUCUCCGCGCCCGGACUCGUGCGCGUGCUGAAGCCCGGGCAGAAGCCCGCGGUCGCCGCCUGUCGUUCAUCGACGACGAGGCCAGUGCGCCUCUGUUGUCGUCGGCAGCAAUACGCAAUGAAUCCGAUCUGACGCUCGGUGCCUCGAAGCCGCCGACCGCCGUCGACGACUCGACCCAGCUAGCCAAGGUGGCCGUAGCUGCUGUCUCGUCGGGCGCUCCCGAGGUUCUGGGCGAAGCGCGCCUCACGUCGACACACUCGUCGGCCCAGACACCAAGCAUCUUUACGUACCAGACAUCCAUGGCCCUGCUCUGCUAUACGAUGCUGGCACUGCACUCGGUCGCCUACGACCAGGUCCUACCUGUGUUCCUCAACUAUCCCUACGAGAAGCACGAUUCGAGCAACACGAAUCUGCCCUUCAAAUUCUCGGGUGGCUUCGGUCUGUCCUCGGGUUCCAUUGGCACAAUCUUCACAGUAAAUGCGCUCAUCUCUGGAUUUGCUCAGUUUGCUGCCUUUCCGCCCCUGUGUUCCCGCUUUGGGGCCCUGCGCUGCUACCGUUAUUCCUGCGUACUUCUUCCGUUCGUGUACAUUCUGACACCCUAUUCGGUUCUUCUUGACAACGAGCGUCUGCGGUAUGCCGUGUUCAUGUUGAUGUUUGUGCUCAAGGGCGUUUUUACCAUGAUCGUCUUCCCGUGUGUGACGAUUAUCCUCACCAACUCGGCGCCCUCGGUCAAGGUUCUCGGCACGCUAAACGGAUACGCAACACUGUUUAGCGGCAUGGGUCGUGCAGUGGGCCCGGCCAUGACGGGUGCCGCAUUCUCGUGGGGUGUGCAGCAGGGCUAUAUUAUUACUGGUUGGGCGCUCCUUUCCGUGGUGGCAGUUCUCGGCGCCAUCUCCACCUUCUUCUUGCAGGAGGGAGAUGGCAUCGAGAUCCCGGCACAAGUGGCCGGCGGCGAGGAGGAGCUCGAGGGGGAUGGCUUUGGUAGCGAGAGCGGCGGCGACCCGGUCUCGUACAGCUACGUGACCACGGACGACGAGGACGAUGACGAGGACGACUACGAAGAGUCGCUUCUUCGUGACGUUGCUCAGGACGACGACGACUACUACAUAAACAACAUCAGCCGCCGCCCGCACUCGAGUGGCACUGCCACCGGUGACAGGAGCAGCCAGUCCCGCGCGAGCAGCCGGCACUGGACGGUAGCGUCCAACGACUCGCCCUUGCCAGCGCCGGUAGCAUCACGGUUUAAUGAAACACUGGUGGAUGGAACUGUGGCAUCGACGACGACUCCUACGACGACGGCCCAACCGAAGCUGGAUGAGUUGCGCGAACCCGAGGACCCUGAGUCAGACGACUCGGAGGGUGCUCGGGCUGCAGGUCUGGGCCUCGAGGUGGUUGACGACUCCACACAACCGUCGCCGGUGCGGACGCGCCGGUUCCGGAGCGCCAGCACGCUGUCUCGCCGUAGCCGUGAAGGUAACGGUGCGCCUGUGCCCCUGUCACCUGUUGCCCCGUCGGCUUCGAAUGCCGUGCGUGACGAGUAA